AUGUUGCAAAAUUUAAUAAGUAACAAUAGCAGAGCUAGUGUCAGAGACACAUAUUUUUGGUUUACAUGGGAAUCUGGUACAAAAAAAAGAUACCAGCCCUCAAGGGGUAUCGAAAUAAAGUCUAAAGUACUAGCCCUCAAGGAAUACUUUAGGUGGUUUUAUUUUAAAUAG